CUUCUCCUUUGACCCCCUCUAAAUCUCCCCCUCCUCGCUCUCUUCCCCCUUCUCCUCCUUUUUCCAUUCCAUUUUUCCUCGUUCGUCGCCGUUUACAUAACUUUUUUGUGCGUGUACGCGUCGAAAUAGAAGAUAUAAAUAAGUAAAGAGAGAUCGGAAGAAUACGGAAGGAAGAAGAGAAGGGAAAUGGGGAGGAAGGAAGAGAGGCUACGAGAAGCAUUGCAAGUGAAGAUACCGAGCUAUUUCCGGUGUCCGAUAUCGCUGGACGUGAUGAAGUCCCCGGUGAGCCUGUGCACCGGCGUCACCUACGACCGCGCCUCCAUCCAGCGGUGGCUGGACUCCGGCAACACCACGUGUCCGGCCACCCGGCAGCCCCUCCCCUCCACUGACCUUGUCCCCAACCUCACACUCCGGCGCCUCAUCCACCUCUGGUCCUCCACCUCCUCUUCCUCCCCCGCCGAUGUCGCCGUCCCCCACCGCCAACGCGGCGGCGACAUCCUACGGGAGGUCCGCUCCGCUUCGGCGGAUCCCCGCGCGGCCCUCCGUAGGCUCGCCGACUUCUUCUCCGACGACGAGAACGACGAGUUCGAGAGGAACAAUCUCGUCGACGUCGGUGGCUGCGCCGCCGUUCUCGUCUCUAUUCUUGUGAAGAAGAAGAUCGACGACGACGACGGAUUGUUGGAGACGUCGGAGGCGGCGAUCAGGGUUCUUGCUCUGAUCUUGACCUCCGAUUUCAUCGAGGAGGGAAAUAAGAAGAUCGCGAUCUCGGCCCUGAUUUCGGAUCUCAACGGAUCGAUUUCCGCUUUGCUUUCCGUGUUGAAGAAGGGAAGUAGCCUUGAGUCGCGGAUCGACGCGGCCAGGGUUCUUGAAUCGAUAAUUGGAUCGCCGGAGACGAAGCUUGCGAUCGCCGAGGAGGAGGAGGUGAUCGCGGAGCUGAUCCGGCUGAUCGGGCCGUCGGAUGAUAAAGGGACGAUGGAUCGGAAGGCGGUGGAGGCGGGGCUGGGGUGCCUGGCCGGGAUCGCCGGGGUGAGGCGGGCGAGGGUGCGGAUGGCGCGGCUCGGGGUGGUGGCGGCGGCGACGAGGGUGCUGGCGGCAAAGGCGGAGGUGGCGCCGGCGGCGGCGGAGAGGGCGAUGCGGGUGUUGGAGGCGGCGGCGGCUUGCGCGGAGGGGCGGGCGGCGAUCUGCGAGGCGGCGGAGGAGAGCGUAGGGACGGUGGUGGGGCGGAUGAUGAAGAUCGGGAGGGAGGGGAAGGAGGCGGCGGUGGCAGUGCUCUGGAUGGUUUGCCAUUACUUCCGGGACCGCCGGGCGGUGGAGGCGGCGGCGGCGUUGGACGGCGGUUUGACGAAGAUAUUGCUGUUGAUGCAGAGCGGGUGCUCGCCGGCGACGAGGCAGAUGGCGGCAGAUUUGCUCAAGAUUUUCAGAGUAAAUUCUAAGAGUUGUCUCGCUGGAUAUGAUACCAAGACUACCCACAUCAUGCCCUUCUAGAAGUUGAUUCAGAGAAGAUCUUUCCUCAAAAAAAUGGAAAAAGAGGAGGAUUUUUUGUAGAUGGAUAGAGAUUUUUGAAUCUUGAUUAAUCAAAAGAGAUAGAAACAAAUCAAGGAUCUUCUAAUUCCAUUUUGCUGACAAAUUUCAUAAUUUUCCCAUGGUUAUCAUGAAGGAGAUAGUUAUCUUGGUUUGAGAUAAAAAUUACUUGCAUUCAAUAUUUUGACAAGCUUACAAAUCAUGAAGCUUGUUCAUAGUUCCAUAGUAAUCAUGAUGGUUAUCAAACAAAAAAAAUCAUGAUUAUUCAAACGGGAGUAUUUACAGAUUCAAGGGGUAAUCUCCCUACUCUCUCUCCCAUGAGAAUUCUCAUGGUUUGUUCUUGUGUUUCCAUGGUUUCAUGCAAGAAACGAUUAUAAAUUUUUCAUAAAACUUGUUUGGAUGUUGCUGAUGAA